GGGGGGGUGCAGUGCGGACAGAGAGAGAGGAGGAAUUGGCAAGAUCCAAAAUUGACUUGAGAGUCGACGGCGAGCUGUGGAGACCAGAGAUGCUGUGCCUCAGAGAGUGAACAGAAAUGCUGCGGCGGUCUGAUGUGGCUCUGCACCAAUGUUGGAAACUUCAACAGACGAGGAGAAGAGAAAAUCCCGCACAUUUCCAGCUCGUUUUGUUUUAUUGUUGUAGGAGAACAAGAAGAAAUGUUGGAGAAAGGAAUUGCCCCACCUGUCAGAGAGCUGUUGAAUUUGGGGUAAAGUGCUGGCUCUCAUUUCCAGGGCAGUACUGGAGGGGGGUAUCAGGGGUCUAUCACCCAGCUGGUGGCUGCUGCUGCCAGGUUGGUAGUGGGGGCAAAGGGCUGGGAUUUACUGGUUGAAGUUUGCCCCCUAACCACCCCCCAGCAACCCCCACGCCGUCGCAGCCAGCAGCUGAAAGUUAGGUUGAUGAGUGCUGGGGCGUUGAGUGCCUCUGGCACAGGGAACCUGCUGCCACUUGGCUGAUGAUGGGCAGUGCCCGGGGCUGCGCUCUACUGCACCUCAACGAAGACAACGUGCGCUUCGCGCUGCUCGCCGCCCUCAUCGUGGCUUACCUGGUGUGCGGGGCCGCCGUCUUCUCGGCCAUCGAGCGGCCCACCGAACUGCAGGCUCGGGCCAAGUGGAACCGGACCCUCCGCCACUUCGCCGACAAGUUCGACAUUGCCGCCGGGGAGCUGAGCGCCUUCCUGCGGGAGUACGAGGCGGCGAUCGCCGCUGGGAUCCACGCUGACACCCUGAGACCCAGGUGGGACUUCACCGGGGCCUUCUACUUCGUAGGGACGGUGGUGUCCACCAUCGGUUUUGGCAUGACGACUCCAGCAACCAUGGCAGGAAAAGUGUUUCUGAUAUUUUACGGCCUUCUUGGAUGUGCAGGAACCAUUUUGUUUUUUAACCUCUUCCUGGAGCGGACCAUUACCCUGCUUGCUUUCAUCAUGAAGGCGUGCCACCAGAGGCAGCUGAGGAGUAAAGACCUGCUCCCUCCCAUGAUUCGCCGGCAAUCAGCCGUAACAGACAUGGCUAGCUUGACCGGAUGGAAGCCAUCCGUGUACUACAUUAUGCUGAUCCUUGGCAUCGCAGCCAUUAUAAUCUCCUGCUGUGCAUCGGCAAUGUACACACCAGUGGAAGGAUGGAAUUAUGCUGACUCUUUGUACUUCUGCUUUGUCACCUUCAGUACUAUUGGCUUUGGGGAUCUGGUCAGCAGUCAGAACGCAGCCUAUACAAAUCAGGGAUUGUACAGAUUUGGUAAUUUUGUAUUCAUACUCUUGGGGGUGUGCUGCAUCUAUUCACUCUUCAAUGUCAUCUCCAUUGUGAUCAAACAGUUCCUCAACUGGUUACUGAAGAAACUGGAGUGUAGAUGCUGCCCGAGGUGUCGGAGAGGAAAGAUACGGACUGGACGGCGGAAUGCCAUCACCCCAGGGCAAUCUCGUAUCCGUAGAAACCAGGUCUUUGCAGAUGCCGAGGGGCCAUGUGACAGUGACGGGGAGGGACGGAGGCUCUCUGGAGAAAUGAUCUCCAUGAGGGACCUCACUGCCUCCAACAAGGUGUCACUUGCCAUCCUGCAGAAGCAGCUGUCAGAAACUGCCAAUGGUCACCCUCGGACAGUGUGUGUCAACACAAGGCAGAACGGCUUCUCAGGUGGGGUGGGUGCUUUAGCCAUUAUGAAUAACAGGUUAGCAGAAACCAGUGAAAGUAGGUAAUAAAUAAACAAUAGCUUUAGCACAAUCAGGACAGUCAGAUUUUUAUUCUGAAGUUCCAAGGCAUCCUAGUGUUUUAUACAACCAAUCUCCAUUAUACCCAGUCUGAACCAUUAUCUCUCAGUCUAUAUAAGGUCUACAGAACAUCCACUUAAAAUGAAUAAAUAUCUGAGGAAACAUCUGGAUUAUUAAUGGAGAUUUUUAGAGAGUGCUUUCCUCUUCCCAUCUGCUUUUCUUUGGCUUGCCAUAAGUUUAUGUGAUUCUUUCCAACAAUGGGGCAUUUAGAGGAAGAUCUAAAUGAUCUCAGAAAUGAAUGGCAGCCUUGCUAGGGCUGGAUUAGACACAAAAGCACCAAUUUGGAACUGCUGCUCACUCCCUUCUCAUGAGAAUAUAGCAGGAGGGAAAGAAGCUGAGACCUUCUCGGAGGCUCUAAGCUUUCGUUGAAGCAAUUUUCACCCAUUAUUGUGAAUGAGUACAUAUCCCCUUGUUUUGGAUAAGAGAUAUUUUUAAAUGUGCAAGUUAGGGUUCCACACAAUUCUCUAGAAGGGCUUGUGCCUGUGAAUACCCUGCACAUUUCUACCAGGAGGAGUUUAAAGUAGCCUGUCCACAUAAAAACCUCAAUCCCUUUUGGCACCAAGAAGACAGAUUCUGGUUCCACAGAAAUGCUGGGCCAGUUUUUACUCACCCUGACAGGCCCAGCCUCCACCCCAACUCCACAUCCAACCUGACUGCCUGUUAACAAUCCCUCCCACUGAGAAACCGAGCUAACCUUUCAACUCUGCAACCCUUCAUCAGAACAGUUCUGACGAAAGGUCACA